UUAUCAUGUUAUUAUUUAUUUUAAUAUUUUAUUUCUUAGUUCUUAAAACCAACGAAUUAAAAUAUACUUAAGCAAUAAGCUAAACUAUAUUUUAUUUUUAUUAACCGUUAUAGACAAAUUGUUACACGAUUGUUCUAUAAUUAUGAUUUAACCGAAGUAUAACUGUUGUUUAUUUUUCUAAAUAGCGUGUAGAUCGUUAACGACGAAAUCACAACUUCUACAGGCGCGUGGGUGAUGUGCAAAAUGGAAACAAUGACAAUGACAUGUACCGACAUGACACAUGACAGCCAUUUAUUGAAGCAACCGACUAAAGUGCUGUUGACUCUAAGUAACGUACUUUUGCCUAAGGAAAAGCUCACAUCCACACCGUCUAUGAUCGACGGGUUAGAUUUUGAAACCGAAGUCGACCUAAGGAUCGUUGGCUGUGAGUGGAUUCAGACCGCUGGUAUGCUGCUCAAACUUCCCCAGGUUGCAAUGGCAACUGGACAAGUGUUGUUUCAACGAUUUUACUAUACUAAAUCUUUUGUUCGCUAUCCAAUGGAAAUAACUGCAAUGGCAUGCACAUGUUUAGCCUCUAAAGUUGAGGAAUCACCGCGACGUAUUCGUGAUGUUAUUAAUGUUUAUCAUCAUAUCCGUCAAGUUUUAAAUCAAAAAUUAAUUACACCGUUGGUACUUGAUCAAAAUUAUGUUCAGAAAAAGACGCAGGUAAUAAAAGCGGAACGACGUGUGCUCAAGGAGCUUGGCUUUUGUGUACAUGUUAAACACCCACAUAAACUCAUUGUAAUGUACCUACAGGCACUUGGCUUUGAAAAACACCAAUCAAUAAUGCAGAUGUCCUGGAACUAUAUGAAUGAUUCAUUACAAACCGAUGUAUUUGUUCAAUUUGAUCCAGAAACUAUUGCUUGUGCUUGCAUAUAUCUAUCGGCUAGGAAAUUAAAAAUACCUUUGCCAAAAAGUCCAGCAUGGUACUCUUUAUUCAAUUCAAAUGAAACAGACAUCCAGGACAUCUGUCGUAAAAUACUCAAACUUUAUCUUAGGCCAAAAAUUAUCACAGAAGUUUUAGAAAAGCGUGUAGAAGAAUCAAAGAAAGAAUAUGAUCAUGCUAAGGAGCAAGCUAAAGAAGCUAUUGCUCAUUCAGUAGUACAAACAGAAGUAAUAACAUUUAAUCCCAGUAAUGGAAUAACUGCUGCUAUCCCAAAAAAUAUUAGUUCAAUCACCCCAAAUAAAAAACCAAUAAAAAAAAGAAGUAGAACGCCUUUGAAAACUAAGUCUAGAAGUAAAAGUCCAAGACAUUUAAAGAAAUCAAAAAAAAGAAAAUUAGUACCUACUUACAGAAACUAUAAAGACUACAAAGAUUACAAAAAUUAUAGAGGCAAUGAAAAUUUUAAAUCUAAAUCUAGGAACUACAACUAUCGUAAAAAAUAUUAACAAUUGUAUACUUAUAAAUUAUAAUAUACUCUUAAAGUAUGUUAUAUUAAAACAUUGCUUGUUUAGUAAAUUUCAAACCAAUUACAUUUUUUUCAAAUCUAUAUAAUGUGUGUGUGUGUGUGUGUGUGUGUGUGUGUGUGUGUGUGUGUGUGUGUGUUAAUUAAUUAAUUAAAUUUUAAAUAAGUUAAGUCCAUUAUGAAGUAUCUUUAUUAAUGUAAUAUAAUAGGUUUGACUAAUAGCCUCCUUUUUAUCAUGAUUUACAGAAAUAGAAUGUCUUAAAAACAUUUAAAAUAGUCAUUAUAAAGUUAUUUAUUGAUAUUAUUGACAGAAAAAAAAAAACAAUUUUGAAAUUAAUUAAAUUUUGAACAAAUGAGGGUAAUUCAUAAUUCAUAAUUACCAACUAUGAAAUUCGCAAUUUAAAAAUUUAUAUUUUUUCAAUAGUUAGAUAAAACAAGUUGGUUGAUGAACAUACCUUGUUAAUAUUUAUUAUUGUAUAAUAUAUUUAAUAAUAAAAUCAAAAUUUCAAAUUUUGUUUACAAUUUAAGAUCAUUUAUGUAAUGUUAAAAUUAAUAAAAUUAAGAAUAUAGAAUCAGUGAUGGAUUUACAGAGGGAGAAUUCAAAGAUACUACAGGACUCUAGACACCAAUAUAUAUAUUUAUUAUACUUAGUUAUUUAAACACCUAUUUCAAAUAUUCUAUAAUUAUAUGUUAUUUAUUAAAUUAUAAAUAAUUAUUUAACAGUGAUAUAUUUAUAGUUUAAUAAAAUCGUCAGUAAUCGGUUA